GACAGCAGAGAUAAAAAGAAGAAGCAAAAUGGCUGAUUUCAGAUGGAUUGAAGUGUUUCUAUUUCUGACUCUCAUCGUGCUUACAGCGGGAGCCAUCUUGCCUUAUGAGCCGGAUCCUUUCUCCUUCGCUGUGAGAUCAGGAGAGGAAGUCACUUUGCCUUGUGAAAGAAACAGAUUUGCUUCAAACCGAGUUGCUUCACAGUUACCAAACUGUGAAGCAACUCGGUGGUACUUCCUGGAAACCAUAUAUAUAUCACAGAAAGUAGUGCUUGCAAAUGGGAAGAUGGUUGUAGAAGCUAAAGCAGAUAGACUGAGUGUUACAGAGAAAUGUUCUCUGGUUAUAAAGAAGGUCACAGAGGAGGAUGCUGGUUAUUACAUCUGCAGAAAGUCCCGAGAAGUUAACCUGGCUGUUGUUACCAUCUCUGAACAUAAGAGCCACGAUGAGGUGACGUUACGCUGCUCUGUGGCUCCGUCUAAAGAUUGCAAACACCGAGUGAAGUGGCAGUUCAGGGAUAAAGACGUAGAGAUGGACGACUUCAGGACAUCAGAGUCGGAUUGCGAGGCCAAUGUGACGUUCCUGACUUCUCUUUUUAUUUACACGCCGAAGAACUAUGAGUUGCUCAAGUGUAAAGUGAAUGUCAACAACAAUGGAGUUAAGCAGCUGUUCAGCCCUCAGUUCUCAGGGGGAAAUGCAACAUUAACGACACAUGAAGGUGUGUCUGUGGGAAUCAUCAUCAUGUUAGCGGUGCGCGUGGCACAAAUCCUCCUCUUGACGGUCAUUACUGUUCUUCUCUUUAAAGCUCGAGGAAACCAGAGACCACCUGCUGACCUGACUGUGCAUUACGAUGGAAAUGGACGUGGCGGCACAGUGAAGUACGAAAACGUUGGAGAACCUUCUGUUUCUGUCCCCCACCCAAACACCUCCGUGGCUACAGCCAUAACAUAAUAAAAUAUACUUUAUUAUUCCGUCACAGCAGCAUAGAAGACAUUGCACAUUAAUUAGAGGUAAAUAGAAAUAAAAAAACAUUAAAAUAUGCAAAACAGUGAAUAUAUACGUAUCAAUAAUGAAGGAUAUAUUCAUUCGUUCAGAUAAUCAAUAUUUACAAAAGUGUAUUUUCCUAUUUAGACAUAUUUAAAAGAAAUAAAUAACUCAACAUAUUUUGGGUAGGGUCACGUUCAAAUUUAAACCAAGUUAAAAUAAGAUAAAUAUUAAUGUAUCCCUGUAGGGAAAUACACAGAAUAAUACAAAUAAAACCUUCAAAUUAAAAUUACAACAACAACAAUAGGAAAAGGUAAAACACAGAGAUGUAAACAUUUUGAAAUUGAGAAAAAUAUCAGAAUUUUGAGAUUUUCUGAAAAAAGACAGGAAGUUGCGAUUUCCAGAUAAAAGUGUAAACUCCCUAGAAACUACAGAAAACAACUUCUAAAAACGUUGUUACGAAGACGUCAAUAUGAAUUUAUUUCCGCAAGUUUUCGAGAUUGGUUUUUGAUUUGUAAGUUGCUUGGGUUGCUGGUAAAUAUGUUUUGCUAAUGUUGCAGGUUUGAAUGAGCUGUGCUUCUUAAAGGAGGUAAUUACAGUUAUAUUACAUUAUAAACGAUGAUAUGAUCUUCUAAAAAAUAAUGCACAUAAUGUACAACAUUAUUUUGUAUUACAGCAGAUUUUUAUUCCUCUGUCAUUCCAUUGCAAUGUAAAUACUGUUUUAUUUGACUAUAUAUUUUUAAUUAUUUUUAAUAUUUUUCUAGUUCUCUUCCUGUUUUUUUAGCUCUUGUUUUUAUGCACCAUGACAUCAAUUCAAAUUCCUCGUACGUGUAAACCUGGUAAUAAACCUGUUUCUGAUUCUAAAAGGAAGAGAGUAGUAGAGAACAAGAAAAUCCUAGCCUCCAUAUUAGUUUCUAUUUUUGAGUUCCUUUUAAUUAAUAAAACACUUUAAUUAUUGUAAUUGUAUUGUUCGUAUUGACAUAUAAAAUAAACUGGUGUGUCAUUCUUC